AUGGCUGGCUCGCCUGCGGGGGAAGACAGCAGCAGCGAGCGCAGGGCUGAAGGGGUCGCUUUGGGGUCGGAUGAGGUGAAAUCCCCGGGAAGGCAACCCGGGAAGCGCGGGCCUGCCCUCGCAUGUCACAGCUGGAGCCCCGUUCCGCCGCCGGCCUUCCUGGGCUGGAAGUGGGGGUUCCCAUUCGAGGCAGCCGCCCUGCGGCCCACCUCUCGGCGAACAAAGCACGUCGCAGAGGCGGCGCACCGCGCCCUCGCUCCCGCGCGCCUCGGGCAGCAGGAGCGGAGCUGGGCCCGGCUGCGGAGCGCGCCUGGCACGGCGGGCAGCGGGGGGCGGGAUUUCCGGCUCCUCUUUAGCUUCCCACUGAGGCGAGGGCGAGAGAAAGCGAAAGUCGCCGCUACCGGACCCGUUUCGCCUGCCCGUGCCUCACCGCUCCGCCCUCCGCGCGACCAUCGGCGACUGACCCUCAUGGAGGUGCUGCUCCUCGUCCUGCUGCUCGCCUUGGUGCCGCGGCCCGGCCGCGCUUCCGACGUGAUCGAGCUCAGCGACGACGACUUCGAUAGCGGCCUGGCCGAUCGCAGCGUCGCCCUCGUCGAGUUCUACGCGCCCUGGUGUGGACACUGUAAACGUCUUGCGCCAGAGUAUGAAUCUGCUGCCACCAGAUUAAAAGGAAUAGUACCUCUUGUUAAGGUUGACUGUACAGCAAAUUCGGAGACCUGUAACAAAUAUGGAGUGAGUGGCUAUCCAACUCUCAAGAUCUUUAGGAAUGGGGAAGAGUCAGGGAGUUAUGAUGGACCAAGGACAGCUGAUGGAAUUGUGAGCCAUCUGAAGAAACAGGCUGGGCCUGCCUCUGUCCCUCUCCGUGCUGAUGGGUUUGAGAAAUUCAUCAGUGAAAAGGAUCCCGCUGUGGUGGGGUUCUUCAAGGAGUUGUUUGGAGAUGCCCAUUCAGAGUUCAUGAAAGCAGCAAGCAACUUGCGAGACCAUUAUCGCUUUGCACACACUGGUGAUGAGGAACUAAUCAAGAAAUAUGAGCCAGAUGGAGAGGGCAUCAUACUGUUCCGUCCCCCACACCUGGAAAACAAAUUUGAAGACAGCUUUGUGCGUUACACAGAGGACAAGAUCACUACUGGCAAGAUUAAGAAGUUUAUUCAGGACAACAACUUCGGUAUCUGCCCACAUAUGACAGAAGACAACAAGGAGCUGAUGCAAGGGAAGGACCUGCUGGUGGCUUAUUAUGACGUGGACUAUGAAAAGAAUCCCAAGGGUUCGAACUACUGGCGCAACAGAGUGAUAAAGGUUGCCAAGAGUUUUCUGGACGCUGGACAUAAACUGAACUUUGCUGUUGCUAGUCGGAAAACCUUUGGUCAUGAGCUGUCUGAGUUUGGAUUGGAUGGCUCCACUGGUGAUGUUCCUUUGGUUGCUAUCAGGACAGCCAAGGGAGAGAAAUACGCCAUGCAGGAGGAAUUCUCCCGUGAUGGGAAGGCCUUGGAAAGAUUCCUUCAGGAUUAUUUUGAUGGAAAGCUGAAAAGAUACCUGAAAUCGGAGCCUAUUCCAGAAAGCAACGAUGGUCCCGUGAAGGUGGUUGUGGCUGAGAACUUCGAUGAAAUUGUAAAUGCUGAGGGCAAGGACGUGCUUGUGGAGUUCUAUGCGCCUUGGUGUGGGCAUUGCAAGAACAUGGAACCCAAAUAUAAGGAGCUAGGAGAGAAGCUCAGCAAAGACCCCAACAUCCUUAUAGCCAAAAUGGACGCCACAGCCAAUGACGUGCCUUCUCCCUAUGAAGUCCGAGGGUUCCCCACAAUUUACUUCUCUCCUGCGGGCAGCAAGCAGAAUCCAAAGAAAUAUGAGGGAGGGCGUGAGGUGAGUGACUUCAUCAGCUACCUGAAGCGGGAGGCCACGUACCCACCCAUUGUGCAGGAGGACGAGAAACCCAAGAAGAAGAAGAAGGUGGCACCCAAGGAGGAUCUGUGAGGGGCCUUAGCAUCACCUUAGCCACAGAGGAGCCCUGCGGCCGCGCCUGGAGGCCAGGGCCUUGUAGUGCAGCCUAUGCUGUUGGAAAGCGAAGCCACUGAGGGCGGGGGGAACCAGCUGCUGCUGUUCUGUUUAAGUUCUGCCCCCUCAUCUCUUAGCUGCACUUGCCAUGAAUGCCCUGGACUGGUUGCUGUGUGUGGGUGGGGAUUGGGGAGGGCUUGUUUUCUAAUUUUUUGUACAUUUUGAGAAGUGAAUCAAUAAAUGACCCUUAGGCCCCAA